AUGUCAUUCACUGCAAGUCCAGAGGAUCAAUUCUCCAUGAGUGAAAAGCAACAAUACUCUCCAGUCUCCCAAAAGCUUUUGAGGUAUAAAAAGUUGGAAAAGGUUGGUGAAGGAACCUACGGAGUUGUCUACAAGGCCGAAGAUACACAAACUGGACAAAUUGUAGCCCUGAAGAAAGUCAGACUCGAACAAGAAGAUGAAGGUGUUCCUUCCACUUCAAUCAGAGAAAUUUCUCUUUUAAAAGAAUUGAACCACCCAAAUGUUGUGAGACUUCAUCAAGUUAUUCACUGCGACCAACAACUUAAUCUUGUUUUUGAAUUUAUUGAUCACGAUUUAAAGAAAAAGACUGACUAUUAUAGAAAAGUUCUCAAACAAACCAUUCCUCCACAAGAUGUGAAGACUACCCUCUUCCAAAUCCUCAAAGGUAUUGCAUUCUGCCACUCCCAAAGAAUUAUUCACAGAGACUUGAAGCCACAAAAUAUUUUAAUCAGUUCUGAAGGCGAUAUCAAGUUGGCCGAUUUUGGCUUGGCUCGUGCAUUCCAAAUUCCAACAAGAACUCUCACUCAUGAAGUCGUAACAUUAUGGUAUAGAGCUCCUGAAAUUUUGUUGGGUGCCAAGAGAUACUCAACACCAAUCGAUUUGUGGAGUAUUGGAUGUAUUUUUGCUGAAUUAUGUACUGGACAAGCAUUAUUCCCAGCAGACUCUGAAAUUGAUAUGCUCUACAAGAUCUUCCAAUUAUUGGGCACACCAUCAGAAACUGUGUGGAGUGGUGUUACUUCAUUACCAAACUGGAAGGCAAUCUUCCCUAACUGGCGUGGUAAUUUCAUUGGUGGUUUGGUUCCAAACCUUUGUGAAGCUGGUAUUGAUCUUUUGGGUCGUAUGUUGAUCUAUCAACCAAAUAAGCGUAUCACUGCAAAGGAAGCUUUGGAACACAGAUACUUUGAUGAUAUCAGAUAA